UCAGUUUUUAUGGGCUUGAGAAUUCAUCGAUGUUUAUCACUGAUUCUUGUCGCCUCAAUCAAAUCAUCCGCAAUGACAAGCAAUUGAUUAUAAUUUCUCUCUUGAUUGACCUGAUUUCUUCCCGCUUCAACUCCUACUUAUUGUCUUGGGCCCAGCGGUCCUGACCGCACUGUUUCAUACCAUGAGGCCCAUCUCACUCCGUUUGCUUCUGUUCGCCGCUCUGUUUGUCCUGGCUGCGGCAUGGACAAAAGAAGACCACGAAAUUUUCCAGCUUCGUGAUGAAGUCCUCGCCAAAGAGGGCGCGAAUGUCACAUUCUACGACGUUCUGGGCGUGAAAUCAAACGCCAACCAAGACGAAUUGACCAAGGCCUACCGCCAGAAAUCGAAGCUUCUCCACCCCGAUAAAGUCAGACGAUCCUUCAUCGCCAAUAGCUCAAAGGACAAGUCCCGGGCCCAGUCCAAUAAAAAGGCUGGUGUCCAUGUCAACAAGGGUCCUUCGAAACGUGAGAUUGAUGCGGCCGUCAAAGAGGCCCACGAUCGCGCGGCCCGUCUGAACACCGUUGCCAAUAUUCUGCGUGGACCAUCUCGCGAGCGUUACGAUCAUUUCUUGAAGAAUGGAUUCCCGAAGUGGAAAGGGACCGGGUACUAUUAUUCCCGAUUUCGCCCGGGCUUGGGCUCGGUCUUGGUCGGGCUGUUUUUGGUCUUUGGGGGCGGUGCUCACUACGCUGCCCUCAUAUUGAGCUGGAAGCGCCAGAGGGAGUUCGUUGAUCGGUACAUUCGUCAAGCCCGCAGGGCUGCAUGGGGCGACGAGUCGGGCGUCAGAGGUAUCCCCGGACUGGAUGGUGGUGGUGCCGCUCUAAUGCCCGAACCAACGACAUCUGUUCCGGAACCUGAAUCCAGCGCCAUGCCGAUGAAUCGUCGCCAGAAGCGCAUGAUGGACCGGGAAAACCGCAAAGAGGGCAAGAAAAAUGCAGGUCGAGCCACUGGUCGUAGUUCUGGGACCGCAACGCCUACCACUGAUGCUGUGGUGGAGCCAACCGGCGAGAGGAAACGGGUGAUUGCGGAGAAUGGGAAAGUUCUCAUCGUGGAUUCAGUCGGCCAUGUGUUCCUCGAGGAAGAAACGGAAGGGGGAGACCGUGAAGAGUUCUUGCUCGACAUCGAUGAGAUCCCACGCCCCACCAUUCGUGAUACAAUGGUUUUCCGAUUGCCCGGCUGGGUCUACCAGAAGACCGUCGGUCGAGUGCUGAGCUCAUCCGACGCUGCUGGCAGCGGCCUAGAUAGGCCUGAUGAUGCGACCGAAUCGUCGCAGGAGUCCAUCGAUGAUAGCAUCAGUUCCACCACGACUUCAAAGAAGGGUACAUCCAAAAGGAGAGCGAAGCGUACACAAAAGACUUGAAUUACUGGCCCACGGCGGGAGGGUGAAGAUUACUGGAGACUACCAUUCUUGCUUGUAUUCUUGUCUAGAUCUUUGCAGAAGAUGCGAUCUCUUUGCUGAUAGAUCUGUACUUAUCAUCUGGCUCUUGGCGUUUCGCCAUGAGUACGAUGUUCUGAAUAUAUCCAAAG